GAUACCUCCUAUUGGAGUUUUAUUGUUACUAUAACACUUUAAUAAAUUAAAGUUUAUUUAUUUAUUUUUUGUAAAUUUAGUUUAAGUUUUCAGGUAAAGCUCUUCCUGCUGCAUAUAUAUAUAUAUAUAUAUAUAUAUAUAUAAAUCACAAACUGCAUAAAAUAUAUUUUACAUUUUUUUAAGCUCAGAGUAAGUUUUUUUCUUUGUUUUCCUUUUUUUUUUACAAAGUAAGCAACGAUUAUAUUAUCCAAAAAUGUAUGCACAUUUAAAGAAAAUAUCUUAUAAAAUCUGACUGCUACACAGAGUAAUGAAUCUGCAAACUCAAACAUGAAGUAUUUGUCAUUUCCAAACUGACAGGCCAGAUGAACGGCACUCUCUAAAGCGCAUUGCAUCAAAGUAGGAGAUAAUGCUGCCAUCUAGUGGAGACUCCGCAACAAAGCCUGAAGUGUGCAAACGCAACAUUUUCACCUGCAGUUCUGUUGUUUUACAGAUUGCAUCUCCUCUUUUCCUUUUCGAGGAUGAACAGGGAUUCCUGCAGAUCAGAUGUCCCGUCUUCAUUCAUCUUUCAUGAUUGGGCAUUUCCUCUUUUCUAUUUUUAGAAAGCAGCUGAAAGCAAGUUGCGUCAAGAUUUGCCAUGUAUAUUUCAGUAUCCUCCACCUCCCCUCUCUGAGAUUCUCUCUCUAUAAAUCACACCGUCCUGCCGCUCCAUCCAUGCCAUCCCCAAACCACGUGACCCACUUCUCCCAUGCCCUUCAGUGCUUCAUUCAGCAUGAUGGCUGCGGAUGCUGCGGAUGCUGUCCGCUGCAUCCUGCAUCCGCGCCGGCUACUAUAUUUCUUUCUCGCCGGCGCGCUCUCCUCCCUCGCGCCCCCAGCAGCCGCGCUGCUCGGCGUCCGGCCCGAGGACACCCGGAGCGGAGAACUGUCCGUGCAGGACGGGAUACUGAGGGCGACCGAGGGGAGCCGCUUCAUGCUCAGGGUUUACUACUCCGCUUUCCCACUUUCAGAGCAUCCCAGCAGCCUGAACAGCAGCGGCAGAACUGCCGCCGCACCUGCCGCUCCGUGGAUCGCGUUCAUAGAGGAGGCAGGUGGGAGCAUCGAGGAUGCAGAGAAUCGGCUGCGUUCCAGAGCGAACCCAUGCGAGGAGGAGAAUGCGCGCAGCUCUGAUAUAGAACUGCUGGGCUCUUUUAAGUCCACAUCAAGUCACAACUCCGUUUUGGUGGAGCUUUUCGCCAAAGAUCUGCGCAGAAACGAGGCAAUUAAAUACUAUUCUUUGUGCGCGUUUGACGGAGUUAAGUGGCAACACUUCAGCACCAAAGACUUCUGGUUAGCAGUUGUUGAGAAACAUCCAGCGGCGGAUCUUUGGCUCCAAACAGGGGUCUCUGUGCUUUUGUUGGGUCUCUCUGCUCUUUGCAGCGGUCUGAACAUCAGCAUGCUGGCUUUGGACCCAGUGGAGCUGCGCGUCCUGCAGAACAGUGGCACAGAGAAGGAACAGAAAUACGCGCGGAAAAUCGAGUCCGUGCGUAAACAUGGAAACUACAUCCUUUGUACAGUGGUGCUGGGCAACGUGCUCACAAAUACAUGCUUUGUGGUUUGGAUGUGCCAGAUUUUAGGAAUGACAGCUCUGUCGACUGCCUCGUGCACUUUGGGGAUAUUUUUUAUUGGAGAGAUUUUGCCCCACUCCGUGGCGUCCCGACACAGCCUCGCCAUCGCUUCCAAGACUCUCUGCGCAACCCGUUUUCUGAUGCUGGUGUUCUUUCCCAUCGCUUAUCCAGUUUCCAAGAUUUUGGACAUAAUGCUGCACCAAGAGAUAAGCAGCUUUUACACCCGGGAGAAGCUGGUGGCCAUGCUGCGCGUCACAGACCCGUACCACGACCUGGUCAAAGAGGAGCUCAACAUCAUCCAGGGAGCUCUGGAGCUCAGGACCAAGACUGUGGAGGACGUUCUGACCCCGCUGUCAGACUGCUACAUGCUCUCCUCCGACGCCGUGCUGGACUUCGGGACCAUGUCCGAAGUGAUGCAGAGCGGCUUCACCCGCAUCCCGGUGUACGAGAACGACAGGUCAAACAUCGUGGACAUCCUGUUCGUCAAAGACUUGGCCUUCGUGGAUCCGGACGACUGCACUCCUCUGAAGACCAUCACGCGAUUCUACAAGCACCCCAUGCACUGCGUCUUCAGCGACACCAAGCUGGAUGUGAUGCUGGAGGAGUUCAAAAGAGGUAAGUCCCACCUGGCUGUGGUUCAGAGGGUGAACAGCGAGGGCGAAGGAGACCCUUUCUAUGAGGUGAUGGGCAUCGUCACGCUGGAGGACGUCAUUGAAGAGAUCAUCAAGUCGGAGAUCGUGGAUGAGACUGACCUGUACACUGACAACCGGACCAAAAGACGAGUGUCCAACCAGGAAAGGAACCUGCAGGAUUUCUCCAUCUUCAAAAUGGCUGAGAAUGAGCUGAAGGUGAAGAUCUCCCCGCAGCUGCUGCUCGCCACGCAUCGUUUCAUGGCAACAGAGGUGGAGCCUUUCAGGCCGUGCCAUCUGUCGGAGAAGAUCUUGCUGCGUCUCAUCAAGCAUCCCAGCGUUGUGCAGGAAUUGGAGUUCAACCCUAAGAACAAGCACGCUCCUCAACACUACCUCUAUCAGAGAAACAAGCCUGUGGACUAUUUCACUCUCAUCCUGCAGGGGCGUGUGGAAGUAGAGAUAGGAAAGGAGGCUCUCCGCUUUGAAAAUGGACCUUUCUCAUACUACGGCAUGCCAGCACUAAUCCCUCCUCUGCCUUCUGCUCGCCGGUGCAGCUCCCGGAGCAGCGGCUUGAACCAAUCAGAUUCGUUGCUGAGUGGAGGCAGCAUGGGCCAGCUCCCACCGGGAUUGGGACUUUAUCUCCCAGACUACUCCGUCCGGCAGCUUACAGACCUGCAGAUCAUCAAGAUCACCAGGAACCAUUACCAGAAUGCUCUGACAGCCAAUCGCAUUGACAGCUCUCCUCAGACACCAGAUGCUGUGUGUCCUUACUCCAAAGGGCGAUGUCCGGCCCCCGAGGCGCGCUCAAACAGCAUCGCCCUUCCACUGACGAACCCUCACACUCGACUGGGGCUGGCACGCCUUGCACACCUCCACCCGCAUGCCGGCCUUCACAGCACCUCGCACCUCAACGAAAGGAAUCGCAUUGUUCGCAGUAAAUCAGACGGGCAGAGGAGUCCAAAUGAUGCAGUGUUCCUCCGGAUGGAUGAGAUUCCCUACAUUCAUGAGGACUGGCCAGAAGGCUCUGCUGACAAUGAUGUCCUCACAGAGGUGUCCACCUCUCCCUUCAUCAGCUCUCUGUCUCUGUCCAGCUCCGAGGAGAACAUGGGAAAGAAGCUCCUGCGCAAACUGAGUAACAAGAGGAGGAAAAAGUCUCGGGAUGGAGAAAGGAGUUUGGAGGAGGGUUCAGAGCAGCCGCCGGUGACGAGCUAACACAAGGAGGAGGCUGAAAGCAUGCGGCAGCCUCGUUCUCAUCAGUAUUCCCUGGCUGUCCUCCCUGACUACAACUUCUUUAGACUAUUUUGCAGCUCUGACUCAACUCUCACAAUAGAAUGCUGUAGCCAAAAAAAAAGGGAAAAAAGAAAAAUACUCAGGACUGCACAGACACACUCUUCGUCCUUUUUGCUGAUAAAAAAAGAAUGGAUUUUAUCAAACCUGAAUAACAAAGUUUUAGACUUUAGCUGCCCUUACAUGGAACUAUAACAUCACAUUCAGUGUUAACAUUUUUUUAAUUAUAGAGGCUGCAUCCAUUACACAUAUUAUUAUAUUUAAGCCUUGAUGUUUUACAGAAGGUGAGUUUUUUAUUUUUUCACCCGAUCGGUCAAGGACUAUAGUUUUUUUUCAAAUGUUUUUUAGUGAGGUAGUUCCCACAUGUUUGAGAAGGAUUUUGCACAGGGAACGGAUUUUGCCAAAAUGGACCAAAAAUCACACGGCGUACAGGGAAAAAAGCCGCAAACAAGAGCACAACUUUAACACAAAACUUUAAAGAAAGGCAAAAAAUAAUAGGUUAAAUGAAAAUGUAUGGGAACUUUUAAGCCUUUAACACAGGAGCUUUAAUUUAACUUUGGUUGAAAAGUUACAGUAUGUUUAAAGAUUUUGUGUUUAAGCAUCACAGACGACGCCUCAGGUGUUAAAAGGUUACAAAGAAGAAAAAAAAAAGAAAAUGGACUUUGUUCUGCAAAAUGCAUCCACUCCUCUAACAUGAGUAUACAUCCUAUAUGCAGAUGAUAGCUUUCUGUUAAACAUCAUGACAUAUCCAGAAGCUUUACUUUCCUCCCUUCAGUGGAGCAUAUGAAUAACCCCAUGUUUGUAGGUUUGGAAGCUAAGCUAGCAUGUUUCUAAAUUUUUCCAUAGAUUUCUCAGUUUUUCAUAUGCAUGCAUAUGUAAAGGCUUUAGAUAAUCCUCAGUCUGAAACAAUUUUUCCCCCCUAAGGUGCAGAGUUCAUCUUGAAAAUAGGUAACCGACUGAAUCAGGACAAAACAAGCACAAACAAGAGCAAUAAUAAAACAAAGUUCAGUUGUGUUUGUCAUGCUCAAAGAGGACUACUAUCUGCAGCAUGAAAUCUUGCAGGCACACUAUCAUUCUUCCAGCCAAAGGCAGUGACACACACGCUGACGUCAAGCCACCGCCUCCAUCGGAACACACAAUCGCGCUCACAGGUGGCGUUUGGGGACACUCAGCCUGUCAGGCUGUGCACAUUUUGGUGCGCAGCAUGCUGCACUGCAGAGCUGUUCAAAAGUGAUGCAGCUGUACACACACAACCCUCAGGAGAAGCGUGCUGAUCUGAUGGCUGGGAAUGUUCAUGAGUCAGAGGCUUUAAGUAGAGAGCGCUCACAGAUAAUUCCUUUUAUUUUUAAAGAGUAUUAAACUGAUGAUAUUUAAUAUACCCAAAGAUUCUAAAAAUAUAUAUAUUGAAAAAAAGAAAUAUGCCAAAUAUUAUUAAAUCUACAGAAUUAUUAGAAUUUUUCACAUUCUAUAUUUUUUUAAACAGAAAAAGGUCAAUUUAUUUCAUGUACAAAACAGAAGUCAGCCUUAUUCAUCAAUGCAGGAAAACAUUUAUUUAUCUUUAUUGAAAUAAAUCAUUCAUUCAUGUCAGUGUGUCUCCUAAAAGUCUUCUUUAUCGCUUUACUGUCCAUAAGGAGAUAUGAUAACAGGUGGGUUGAUCAUUACCAUGCUUGUAUUGCAGAAGUCUUGCCUAAUAGUACCAGUCAACAGUAACCAGCUGCUACCUGUCAGAACCAGAUUCAUGGAGAGCACAGGUUGAUCUGAAGUAAUGACACAGGUGUCGUUACAGUUCAAGCUAUCACAGAAGAGUUUAUCUACACUUGAGUUUUCCUGAAAAAGUACAUUCAUUAACUGAUCUGAGCAUGUGUGGGCUUUUAAGAACAAAUGCUUCAGUCACUUUGGUCCUGAUACUGCUGCCUGAACUGGAAACGGAAUGUUCUAUUUAUGAAAAUAUAAUAUUUUUUUGACUCUUUGAGGUAAUUACAUAGUUAUAAGCCUCCACUAAGGUUCCUGUAAUUACAAACUAACGUAUGAGCAAUAAAAGACAAAAAAAAAAAUCAAAAAUUAGGAA